AUGAUAAAAAUGUUCGUUUAAGUCAUGAAUUCGACAUAGGACAUGAACAGUAAACACAACCAAGUUAACAGGGACAUUUGUGUUUAGUUCUUCAUUCCAGACAUUUUGUUUGAAGGCCUUAUAUACGUACCUGGGGUAAGCUCUAGUAUAUCAUGGCAGCUUUGAUGGCAGUUGUCGUUACAACGAUCAUCCUGGUCUGCCUUUCAACGAACGUUUUGUCUUUUAAUGAUAGCAUUCAGCCACUACAAAAUAACAACACUGGCUCGACAGGUCAUACCACUCAACCGUUAAAUGAAUCUGUAGGCAACAUUACAGCUAACAGGCCACCACAGUUUACACAAACAGACUACAUAUUCAACUUACUUGACUCCAAUGUUUUCAACGUAAUGGUAUCAAGAGUAUUAACUCGUCCUAACUACAUGUAUGUCACUGACCCUGAUGACGACAUACAGUCACUACAUUUGAGUUACAAUUAUCUCUCCAUGGAACGGAGUGUUCUACAUGUGGUAUACGAUUAUACUAUUCCCAACUCAUUGGUUGUUUUUCUUCAUUUCAACAUGUCUAAUAAGCCUUCGACAUUUAUAUAUGAAGUUAAAGUGACUGAUAAAGCUAACGAAAGCGACACGUGCGUUGUAUGUUUUUACAUUAUGGACGCCACAAACUGUACCGUAACGGAUGCUCAGCAAACAACGACUCAGCCACUGACAUCAACUUAUGGUUCAACAACAUCGGCACCUUCAAUAACAACGACAACAGCAUCAACGACAUCCACCUCAACUAAACCAACAGAUUCAACAACAUCGACACCUUCAAUAACAACGACAACAGCAUCAACGACAUCCACCUCAACUAAACCAACAGAUUCAACAACAUCGGCACCUUCAAUAACAACGACAGCAGCAUCAACGACAUCCACCUCAACUAAACCAACAGAUUCAACAACAUCGGCACCUUCAAUAACAACGACAACAGCAUCAACGACAUCCACCUCAACCAAACCAACAGAUUCAACAACAUCGGCACCUUCAAUAACAACGACAACGACAACAGCAUCAACGACAUCCACCUCAACCAAACCAACAGAUUCAACGACAUUGGUACCUUCAAUAAGAACGACAACAGCAUCAACGACAACCACCUCAACCACCUCAACCAAACCAACAGAUCAUGUUAACUACCUACUUGAAAGCGCCAAAAAAUUGUCACAAACGCUGACAGAUUCAAGUGUUACACCUGUAGAGGCCUCCAACUGUAUCCGCGAUAUUUCUCAAAAACUGAAAAGUCUGAGUGAAGACGUCGAUGUUUCAUCCAGCAGCCUCAGUUCUGUUUUGGAAAUCUUGUCCCUGAUAGCUUCAAGAGUAAAAGAGCCAGGGGUGACUGCGGAUACUGCCACACUGAAGAACUUCGCUGCGAUUUCCGAUCGUCUUGUUUCUGCUAGCAAAGAAUUGUUGACAGAGGAACACGGUGUUGUUGACGGGGGCGGCCUUGCAUCGUUAAUGCUCUCAUUUGACGCUAUUGCAGAAACAAGUCUCAAGACGUUUGAUGGGAAUGACCCGACACUUGUUUUACAAAAUAUAGCCAUAGGUAGAUUUGUCAGCCAUCAUGAUUGGAACUCCCCCAGAAAUGGCUGGAAUCAAACUGGCAACUGGGCGCCUGGGAAAGAUAUCCAGAUAAAUCUUCACGUACAAAACGAAGCAGUUAACUAUGGUCUCGUCAUCUACCGUCAUGACAAGAACUUAGUACUACCGACCUCCACACGUUUAGGCUUAUCUGAAGUGACCAACUGGACAAUCAAUUCAAACGUUGUAUCCGUGGUGGUAUCUCCUGGUGUAAAAGAUGUCUCCGUUGUUUUGACCUUUGCGCUUCAACAGCCUGGGCUGGGCCAACCGAUGUGUGCAUUUCUGGAAUCGUCCGUUAGAGACAAAAAGCAAGUCUACUGGUCUAAAAAUGGAUGCGAACUUGUAUCAGCGAAUGAAACGCAUGUGCAAUGUCAGUGUUUUCACAUGACGCCAUUCGCCAUAUUGAUGAGUCGGUUCGGUGAUAGAGAAGAGAAUCGGGCCCUCAGUGUGUUCACGAAGAUCGGAUGCUACAUGUCAAUAGUCAGCCUAGUGGCAGCUUGUCUUAUAUUUUCGCUGACUUGGAAACAUGCCAAGAGUGACUGCAACGUGCUACACGUCAACCUAUGCUUGUGUCUGACGGUUGGAUACACAGUUUUCCUGUUUGGAGGUGAUAAAACACAAAAUCAGGUUGGGUGUACGGUAGUUGCGAUCUUUCUGCACUACAUUUUCCUCACGGCAUUCUUUUUAAUGCUUGCUGAGGGGAUUCUGAUUGUUAAAGGUGUCCUGCUGGUAUUCUCCAAUAAGUCUAUUUUACGGCAAAUCUUGAUUAUGGCUUAUGUACUGCCGUUGCUAAUUGUCGUAACAGCUCUUGUCGUGUCAUUUGGUGAUGGAUAUGGCGACAGUCAAUAUUGCUGGCUGUCGGCCGAGAGGGGGCUUGUAUGGGCUUUCAUUGGGCCUAUCUUGUUCAUCAUUGGAUUUAACUGUGUGACUCUGGGAGUAGUAAUUCACAAUAUUUACAAAACAGUGAAGUUCAACGACUCGUCUCUCUUGACCAAAGCUAAGUAUGCCUUGAGAAGCACAGUAAUCCUUUCUGGUAUUUCGGGCUCUUCCUGGAUAUUUGGGGUCUUGUCGAUUAUCCAUGACACCAUUGUCCUACAGUACAUGUUCGUCGUUAUGAGCACAUUACAGGGUGUUUUUAUUCUUUGCUUUCAAUGCUUGCUUCAAGAACAGGUCAGAGAAGGACUGCUUAUUUUGUUUCGGCGAAAAAUGGCACAACACAGCACACUAUAUGUAAUCACGACAAGGAUGUAAACCAUGAUCGGAAAAAUGGAAGAAGUAGCAUUCAAGUAAAACUUUGUUAAAACAUCUUUAAUCUAUGUUAAACAUCAAAUAAAGAU